AGAUGCUAAAUUGUCCCUAAGUGUGUGUGUGAACGUGUAUGUCUGCCCUGUGAUGGACUGGUGACCUGUCUAGGGUGUAACCUGCCUUCUGUCCAAUGACGGCUGGGAUAGGCUCCCUGCGACCCAGGAGGAUAAGCGGCUUAGAAACUAUGCGUGUGUGUGUAUUGAAAAUAGAGAACCGAAAGGGCAGACAGAAAAGCAUUGCUUGGUCACAGAGAUGGUCAUUUGUCCAUGCUAGAGAACCACGCAUUUGUCUUAUGGGAGAAAUACUGGCCUACAAAGCAAAGACGGAAGGCAUGUCCAGAUUGUUUUUAUCACACCAGCUUGUUAUUUUGCAGUGGACCUUUUCCUGGUCAUGAGCAAACUAUUUUACUGUGCCCUUUAACUGUGAAGAUAAAAAACCCAUUUGAACCACAGAGGCCAUGGCCAGGUGCCUGUGCCACUUGUGGACCUUUUCCUGGUCAGGCUGGUGCUUACUUUUCCCCUUCACAUAAAUAAAAGUUGAGAGAGAGAGAGACAGAGUUGAGUCUAAAAGCCCUUUAUUUAAGCAUUAUGUACGAAGGCGGUGCGUGAAGACGUAUCAUUAUGACCGAGAGAGGGAGGGAGAGAGAGAGCGAGCGAGAGAGAGAGAAGGAAUGGAAGUUAAAGGGAAGGUGUAACAAUGAGAGUGGGUGGGUGAGGGUGAAGAUGAAGAACCAGUCAGGCGAGUUCACAUUACAGAUGCAUAAUAGUAAAAUCGAGAAGGAAUGAGAGAGCGAGGGAAGGAGAGGACCUGCUGAAACCAGCCAGUCUUCCAAGCACUCACCUGUUCUCCCACUUCAGCGGCUCAGUCACUCAGGAAUUUGGAGGUCAGGAGCAUCUGACAGAGCCUGUGGCAGAAAAAGGGAGGCAGAGAGUCAAGAGACCAACCACUGGAAUCCAGUGACCACAGCGCAGCGUUUCAGUGGAAGAAAAAGACAGCAAAAAGGAACGUAGGCUGGAGUUAACCAGUCUUCUGAGUCCAAAAGAAAACACAGUGUCCCAACAAUUGAACUGCCAAGUGUGAGUGCAAGCAGAUAUAAACAUUUGUGAGUGCUAAGGCCACGAGGGGAGUUGCCUUUUUUUCUGCUGAGUGCUCUGUGUUUUUGUUUAUGGUUUAAGUUUCUUUGCAGGACAUCUUUCGCUUAGAUCUGGACGUUAAACUACACCUGCGGAUCUCUUUUGCUUGUUUUGUUUUAGGGUUCUUUUUGUAUGGAUUUCUUCGGAAAAUCGCCACGUCGACUCUGGACGCGUACCCGUGAUUACACCGUGUGGUGUGAAUUACAUAGUUGACAACCUACCCGCAUUUGGAAUGGAUAUCAAAGACCAUGUAUGUGGCAGAAACAUGGAACGUGACCAUUUCAUGAGACAAAGUGGGGAAAAAAUAUUUUGGGAUUCAAAGGAGUGUUUUACUUGCCUGCUGAUUGCACAGUAAUCCAUCUCAUUCUAAGAAAAUGGAGAUGUCUGCUGGAUCUACUGUUGUGCCUGAAUACUCUGCAUCAGCCUCGGGACACAAUGGACCUGGAAAUGCAGAACUAUCAAAUGGUUCUGAAGAAGGCCAGGGUAAGUCAUCGGUAGCCCAGAUGCGCUCCACUUCUGCUAGGUUCCGUAUCCGCUCGGCUAAAGACCGAAUGCUGGAGCCCACCAAGGGCCUGAAAACAGGCAGUAGAUUUGAAGGUGAGGCGAUUGUGAGUAGAGGCAGCAACAACAGUGGGAAGGAGGUGCCCAGAGUUUGCCCACAUUCUCCACCAUCUCCAGACUCUGUAAUCAACGAAAGGACACCUAGAGCUCUGAAUCAGGUCAGUGUUGCAAAGGACCCAGAAUUGCCCUCUGAGCUAAGCGAUGCGACUCAAGGGAAACCAGAUUGUGCUGGCAGCCUGACAACCACAGUGAGGGGAAGAACAGAAUGGAGAGGAGCGAAUCUAACAAACAGAAGCAAGAGCUUAGACUGGAGGGGAAGUGACAGAGGAAUGAUAAGGAACACUAGUGACUUUAAAAGGAGCCCCAGAAUACGUUCGGAGAGCUUUGAAGAAACAGGCAACAGUCCAAAUUCAAAAGAACCGCCAAGCCCAUCAAGUAGAGUAUCAUUAAGAAUUCAAGCAUUCAACGCAAUCGGUCAAGGAAAGCAGGAUAGCACUGAUAACUUUUCCCCAGUGGUAUCCGGAUCUUCGUCUGUUAGAACGGGCCGGGUAGCUCUUGCCCUGGAACGGGCAACUGGUGGCCAGUCUCUCCCAUCCAGACUAAAACUUAAAGAAAGCCAGGACAUCACCGAGGACAGGAAAAGUCCCUGGUGGAAUUCUGGACAGAGUAGUCCCAAGCCAGAUCAGGCAGAGGUCCAACUAAGGUCUCAAGUCAGUGGAUCAAAAGUUAGCGAAAUAACUGGAAACAAAUCUAUCCAGGACAGAAUUGGGAAGCUCUAUGGUUUGAAUGCAUCUGAGGAAAGAAUUGAUGCAAACUCGAGAGACUCUAUCGCUGCAAAACGCUACUCUGCUCCUGUUGGUGAUUGGUUUUCCAGCUUAGAUGCUACCGAUUCAAAUUCAGUUCACAAGAGGUCAACUAAUGAUACCAUGGUUAGGGUGCCAUCCUCUUCUUCUUUCAGUCAGUGGAGGAGGGCUUCAUAUGACACAGAAAAGGGGGCUACCUUCCCGAGAAAGUCCAAAAAGGAUGGAAUUGAUUUCAUGUCUUCAACAGACACUCCAUCUGUUUCACCCAACUGGAACGUGAGAAAGGACCCCUUAUCUAACACACCAGUACCUCCAGGGUCAGCAUCGUCUAAAGAAAGGCCCCUUGAUGAACAUUCAACUCAUUUGCUGAGUGGAAGCAGUGAAUGGAAAGGAGAAUCCAUGGUUCUAGGAACAAAUUCUCUAGAUAGAGCAAGGGGCAGGAAAAGUGUACCUGCACGUUUAAGUGUCCUCACGACUGAGUCUUCAUUUUUGGGUUGUGAACUAAGCCCACCUAGCGAAGCUGCCCAUCCUACUAGACAUGAAACCAUCGGGAAAGAGAUGGAGAAAGACAGGCAUGGAGAGAAAACAACUGAUAAUUUAACACAUGUCAAAGCUGCAGAGACAAGUCAAAGAAAUGAAGAAAUUCAUUUAUUUGGUCAGUCCAAACCUCAGUUCUCCCGAAGUAUGACGGUAGAUGGUGAAAAAUAUAAAGGAAGUGAGGAUGAAUUCAAAUUUGGCUCAUUAACAAUUCCAAGAAUGAAGAAGGAAGGCUCGCAGGAGAAAGCCCAAGUACCGUCCUUUGAUUCAGUGCGAAACACAAUUCACAAAUUUGAAGCUCUUGCUCAACAAAACAAGACUCCGUCCAAGACACUUGGUCCCAGAAGAACCUUUUCAGUUCCAGAAAAGCCUAAAUUUGUGCCAUUAGUGACCAAGAGCAGCUCAGAUAAAUCUCUAGAUAAUUGGAAGGGUUUCUGGAACACAAGAAGCCUGAAAGAGAAGGUCCAAGGAGAGGUUGUGAGUCCCCCUGUUCUGUCCAGACCUGCCCAGACCACAGCAAUUAAUACCGAAGGCUUGACAAUGAAAACCCAGAGUACAGUUGGUUCCAGACAGGAACUACUGGAUACAUUUGCAUCUGAACAAAGUAACGAGGCCAAGGACGAUGUUAAAGAUGAUAUGAAAAUAAAUGUCAUGAACAGGCAUAUGGAUGAGCCAGAUUUUUCCAAAGCUGGUCAACAAAAUAUGAAAAAUGUUGACUCAACUGAAGAAAAGGUUAGAAAUAAUCUCAACGCUGCAGCUUCCCAAAAGUCCAGUGGAGCCACUGAUGCAUCCCACCCAGACUUGUCACAGAGCAAAUGUUCAUUAGAUGCCAAUGACAGAGCCAAUCUCCAAACCCAAGAGCUUCCUCCAAGCAAUGCAAGGACGAAAGAUGCUAAAGCAUUUCAAACAUCAGAAAGCACCAAUGACUCAGUGUCAUCCACCUCCGUCAAGCCAGCAUUGUUACUGACCAACAAUACACAUUCAAAAGCAGCGUCCAGCAAUGGUGGGUCUACAGAACCAGCUCCUGUCGAGGUCAUCUCCUCAGCUCCAAGUGCUCUUAAUAAUAUCUGUAGAGAUGAAAAGGUAGCUGCCAAAAUUUCUAGGUGGAUUUCAUAUGAAGGAGAUGAUGUUAAAGCUUCUGCUGCUGAUGAUGACGAUGAUGAUGACGAUGACGAAGAUGACGAGGGAACAGAGAAAGCAGAUGACUCUGAUUCAGGAGAAUCAUCAGUAACCAUCACCAGCAACAUGAGCCAGUCAGAUAACAGGAGUUUUUCUGUAAGUCUUGUGGACCUGUGUAAUCUGGGAGGACUGGACUACCCUGCCUCAGAUGGGAAUGGCUCAAAUGAUGAGGAGAAGUGGAUGUCUAGGCGGUCUGCUUCUCUGAGCUCAGACAUCUCAGUCCUGUCCAGUGUGACGCUGCUGGGCACUGAGGAGCUGGACUGCCUAUUAAACGAUGUCAGGGGCCUGGGAAACGACACCUUACAGAACUGCGAGGACGUACAGGUGGUGGUCCUGCAUAAGGAGGUGGGGAGGGGACUCGGCUUCACCGUGGCAGGCGGAGUGGAUCAGAACAAACCCGUCACUGUCCACAGGGUCUUCCCCUGCGGUGCAGCAGGUCAAGAAGGAUCCAUCCAAGAAGGUGACCAGGUGCUGUCAAUCAAUGGCACUGCUCUACACAACUCCGCCCACUGGGAGGCCCUGCGUACCCUAAGAAGGGCAAGGGGGCGAGGUAUGGCAGUGGUGGUCCUCAGGCGAGGUAAUAUCGCCGAAACACAGCACGGCACCAAAGACGGCCUCCAACAACCAGCUGGAAAGCCAGUCUGGAGUGGUGUGUCUGUGUUUCCUCCAGCAGGCAGCAGAGUUCGGGUGACUUUGACUAAGUCUAGUGCUGACUUGGGCUUCAGUCUAGAAGGAGGAGUGGGCUCCAGCCUUGGAGACAAACCCCUCACCGUACAGAGGCUAUUUCAGGGUGGACCUGUUGGAAAGCUGUGUCCAGGAGAUGAGCUGCUGGAGAUUGAGGGUCAGAGUUUGGGAGGUUUAAGACGCCUGGAAGCAUGGAACCUGAUAAAGAAACUGCCCCCUGGCCCUGUGGAGGUGUUACUGCACCGUCCUCACCUGCCUCACUGAGGGCUAGGUCUGGGGAGGUUUGAAGAUGUCAUCAUUGAUGAUCAACGGUCUUGACCAACAAUGUUGUUUUUGCAGUGUUAUUUAUUUUUUACUUUUGUGUGUAUGUUCAACAGUAUGAUAGAAGCCAUCCACAAGCCAGACUCAGAUUCAUCCAUCCAAAAAGUGCAAAAAACACCAAGCCCAAAUUUGAGUUCCACUUAUUUUUCUACAUUUCUGCAUAAUUAAAUGGUUAAGAUGUAAACAAAGUCAUUCAGAACAAUUUAGUGUU